AGUUUCUUCAUAGAGGCUCGUUUACAUCAAAUGUACCUUUUUAUGCUGCUUUAAUCCGCAUAAACUGAACUGACGGAAGCACGUUAGUUAAAAGAAGAAAAAGUUAGUUUCGUACCAAGAGCAUGAUCGAAAAUCAGGUUGAGAAAAUAUUCGCUACGUUAGCAAACUACUGUGAUAAACUUAAUGGCACUUCGUUGUCUUAAUUUUUCGGUGCUAUCUUUCUGGUAGUGUUUUAUCAUAGUAGUUGAUCAGUAUUUGGAAUUUACAAAUCAGAAAUGAGCUGCUUUUAGGCUCGAACGCAAAGCGCCCGGUCAAAUUGGUCGGUAACAGCGAGCUAGUUUAGGCCGUCAAAACAUCAUUCUUCGUGACCGGCGCGUGGAAUAAGUCAACACUCGAGCCAUAGACAGUACCACUUCGAAGUCGUUGCAUUAAAAUAUAGGUGAUAAUGAGUUCUACCCGCAAAUUUCUACCAAAUUGCACACGUAGCAUUUCAAAACUUAGCUUGCACUGCGGUAUUGCGAACGAGGAAUGCCGCCGUGAUGAGGUCCUUGAGGAGAUACUUCAGAUGAAGAAAGUCAUCAUUAAUGACUUAUCGCAAAGUUCGAUCCUUUUAAGCAAAUUACAAAAGUAAUGACAAUCGUAGCCAGAUUUUUUCUGUACUAGUCAGAUGCAAGUAAGGGAGGCACCCACAAGUAAAUGUCUUUCGGUAGGCUGAUGGCUUAUUAAAAAUAUCGGUCGGGAAAACCCAGCUUAUUUUAAGCGCGUUUUGAGCUUCAAAAAGUUUCCUGGAAAAUACAAUCCCUUAACUUGGUGUCUGAAUCAGCAUUACUUACUAAAGAGCUAAAACAAUGGCUUGGUUUAAAAGGAGCAGAAGCGUAUCGUCAGUUUAUUUGCAAAUACACACUGAAAACGAGACACACUUGUUUUCAACUUUUCCACCCCUAACGGGUUACAGAUUCAUUCUGCAUACGUAUUCAUGCUGCAAGGAACGUGAUACAGCCUAUCGACAUGGCGUAUCUAGAUACGCAAUGAACGGGUGAUCUGCCAUAAACUCGAUUAACUCUAUACUGAAGCUGACUGCUGGUCUUAGUACUUUCAAAAGUCUCACACUCGAAACCUGUAGGGUAACUUCCUCUCUUAGUGUAAAGGCGCACUUGUAAAACAGCCCCCAACACCUUGUUAUGUUUUAUGCAAUAUGUGCUACUAAAUAUUUAUUAAAAAUCUUAUUGACUUUUAUUUAACUUACGACUUCCGAAUAUGAAUGCUUAUAUUGCACAUUUAGUUCACAAAAAACGCAUAGCUAAGAGAUAACGUAGACAAAUUUCACAGCCUCAUAUUACAAGCUCAUCGUUCUUAAUUUGAUUAAAGAUGAAUAUCUUUAAAGACUUAGGCAUUGACCCUACGUACUUUCGCUUGGGAACCGUAGUCUGUAUCAAUAAAUUUGUCUGCAUGAUUCGGUGUUAAGAGCUUGUCCGUUUUAAACUCGGCAUGCUUAGGUAUACAGUACAUACUUAGUUAUAAAAUGAAUCAAAUUUCGCGCCGCCUACCACACAUUCGUCUCAACGCAUGCAUUCAUCCAGGGCAAAACAUCGCGGCAUGAGCGCGGAGCGAAAAAGACAGCCUUUAGGUGUUUUCUGUCAGUGUUUAACGAAAAAAUGUAUCCAGAAUUAGGCGAUCUCAAAAAUCCUGUGCGUGUUCACCUAUCAUCAGAACGUACCUAUAUUCAUCGGGUACUGGACAAGCGAUUUUUUACGCACAACUUGCAGAUUAUCAUUCCUGGAGGCAUAAGUGUGCCUCAGUCGCUCAGGCAAAUCCCUGAACCAUAUUAUCUUCUGCGAUCUGUGCCCCUUGCGACCCUCCUGGAAUAUGAGUUCCUUACUGCUUUCGUUGGUCAGGGGCAUCUCACCGUCAUCAGUGCUUACGGAUCGAGCAGGGAGAAUUCAAUGGCAAUUACUCCUGAUGGCAAACUCAACCUGAGCGUGAGUCCUCAGCUGUAUUACAGGUUGGGUCUUGAAGCUAUUCGUACGGACCAGUUAGUUAGAAAAAGAGGCUUCGAUCCAAUUCUCAAGAAGUUGGAGUUCGACUUAAAGGACAGUAUUUUCUAUCCGGGCCGAAAGUUUUACGAUCGUGUGGUAACCGCAACGAAACGCUGCAGACUGACCUUCGAUGUGCUACUUCAUUGGCAGCCGUCUAAGGCAGGCGUGUCUCCAGAAUCUCCUGUUGUAUAUCUCAAAACCCAUCUGCCUGAGCUCGAGUACUCGCUUUGUAAUUGCAGGUACAAUUUCCGACAACUGUUCGACGUAGCUAUUCCGCAAAUGAGAGAUGUAGAGUUUUUCGACUGGAUGGGUGUUUUAGCCGCUGGAGGAAAUCUACCGGUGGAAGGUGAGUUGCAGUCAUUGCAAGUCGUUGUCGCACAGUGGACUGGACUAAUCACUCGACACGCUCUGCAGAACAUGCUCGCAAAACUUAUAACGCUUCUAGGAUCCAGCCCGUUCAUAGCCCUAACAUCAGUAGGAUUUGCUUCUGACCCCACAUUACAAUCGCCUAACGCUGUCUACAACAUGGAUUCGACGUUAAGCGUUUGCUUUGAGGCCGGGGGAACAAAGUGUGCUAUGUUUGAAUGCCCACCAUUGUAGUGAAAAUAACGAGUAGUGCUCCAGUGGCAACAAAAAUCUCCCUUCGCAAGCGCAUAAACACAUUUUAAAAAAUGUGAAAGACGACAUGAAAGAGACUGUAUAGUGUAAACAAAUGAGUUCCUAUUCAUACGUAUGGGAUCGUAUAAUAAAGCACUUAUUUUUGUAGAGAAAUCUUAACAAACUAUUUCGCUUAUAAACCGAUCAUACCAAACGAAAUAUAUUGCUUCAACGCUUGCUACAUUAACUCUGGGUUAUAACGUACGGUUUUUCGAAGUAAAGAUAGAAGAAUUCUGUGCUAAUCCCUUUCUAAAUGAUAAGGCUGCAGAAUAUGAUUACGCAGUAAAGCUACAACUGUACAUAUAUCACUCCUAUUAAUAAUGGUGAAAAUGAAUCUAUUGCUUUGAUUUUCUUCAACUGCUGUAAGUUUUGUCAAAUGUCUAUCAAUUCUCGUGAACUCUUAUUAUAUAGCUACUAAAUUUCUAAGCAAACUUGG